AUGUUCUCUUACGUGCUCCUCCUCGCUAUCAUUAGCUUUGCCAGUGGCAAGCCAACCUUUCCUCACGGUAGGAUCUAUGGUGGUGAAAAUGCUAUGAUCGAGACUUUUCCUCACCAAGUGUCACUGGAGUUUCUUGGAGUGCACAGUUGUGGUGGUUCUAUCAUCUCCAAAUACUACGUCCUAACGGCAGCCCACUGUGUCUCAUACGUGCCAUAUACGACGGUUCGGUCUGGUUCAUCCUACACUGAGGAAGGUGGCGUAGUUCACGAAGUAGAAAAGUUUUUCGGCCAUGAAAAUUAUUACCAGAAUGAAUAUGGUCAACCAGUCAACGACAUUGCACUCGUCAAAGUCAAGCAACCAUUUGAAUUCGAUGACACACGUAGCGCCAUCGAACUGUUUAACAAAGGUGAACAGUCAUUUGCUGGAGUUAACUCAAUUAUUUCUGGAUGGGGUGCAACCGAAUAUGAAGCGCCCAAUCAACUUCAAACUGUCACCAUUCCAAUAAUCAGCAAGGACCUCUGCAAACAAGCUUACAAUGAAAGACUGCCAGUUGGUCAAAUCUGUGCUGCUUACUAUGGAAUUGGUGGUAAGGACGCAUGCCAAGGUGACUCUGGUGGCCCACUUACCAUAGAUGGACGUCUUGCUGGUGUUGUCUCAUGGGGUAACGGAUGUGCUGAAGCUUAUUUCCCUGGAGCUUACACUGAAAUCGCUUAUUACCGCGAAUGGAUCGACAAACACGUUCAAUAUUAA